AUGGAUGAUGAGGAGUUGAUUCUUCAUUAUUUUGGGAAAUUGUCUCGCAUCAUGAUUGAAUUAAAGAGUCUAGGAUAUAAAGUUUCUAAUGUAGAUCUUUCUGCCAAACUAUUGAGAUCAGUCUCAAGUAAGUUUGACUCUAUUACAACCUCUAUUGAACAGUUUCAAAAUCUUGACACAAUCUCAAUAGAUGAAAUUCUCAUAACUCUCAAGAUUUAUGAGGAUAAACUUCAAGAUCAUUAUGUUAAGAGAGAGGAGAAGGCAUUGUUGGCUCAUGCUCUCAAGAAGAAUAAGAAGAAGCAUUCCUCUAAUGGCACUCAAGCAAGAGGCAGAGGAAGAGGUUGUGGCAAGGGCAGAGGCUAUGGCAGAGGAAGAGGCAGAAGUGCCACGAAGAUUGAAGACUUUGAUGAUGAUGAAAAAUUGAGAGACAAGUUGAUAGUUACAUGUUACAUUUGUCAAAAUAAGGGCUAUUAUGUGAAUGAAUGUCGUUUUCCGAAGGAGAGACUGAAGAUGAACAAAGAAAAGACAAUUGUUGCUGAAGAACAUUCGAGUAAUAAUUCUCUUCUAAUGGCAUUCGAAGAUUCUAAUGGUCUUCUACAAGGCAUCUCUCAAUUUGAGUAAUAAAAUAUGAUAUUUGGACAUGGGAGCAACCUCUCACAUGACUAGUGAGAAGACACUUUUCUUUAACUUGGAUAAGUCUUAUAAAGGAGGUGUUCGUUUUGGUGAUGACUCGCGCAUUCCAAUAAAGGUUGAUGUAAAAUCCUUAAUACUAAAAAUGAGAGUAGAGUUACUUUGA